CAAGCCCCACUCCAACCCCCUGGAGGGACGGUCACAGGCCGCCCCCGCUCCGCUCCGUCCCUGUUUCCCUAUCCGUAUGGUGGGAUACUCGCCUCGCUCAGGGCACCCCUCACCUGGCGCUGCCGGGUUCUCAAGGUUAGAUUGUGAGGGCAGGUCUUGACCCUCGGCCCCACCGCCUCUCGCCCCCGAUGCCCACCUUGCCGUCCAGCCCGUCGCUGGUGUGGGGUGCUUGGAAACGCGACCCCCUUCUGCCCUUGCCGGCCCGAGGGUCGAUGUUUCCGGCGGCACCUGGGUCCGGUCAUCAGCCCUCUCUUCCGGGCCCGGAACUAUUAUACCAGAGCCCAAGUUUCCCAGCCGGCAGGGUGAGGAGAAAGCAGAGGCGAGACCGCGCCCGCCACUAGGAAAAGGAAGGGGGCGGGCCCUGCGCGAGGCAUUUUGGGAACGCGUGGUAUUCUGGGAGCGCGGGACCCGCCAUUCACUCGCUUAACGCCUUCGCAGUCGUAAGAGUCACCUCCGCACCAGAAAGGAAGAGGAGACCGGAACCGAACUCUCUUCCUGCCGAGAUGUCUAUUGGCGUGCCGAUUAAAGUCCUGCAUGAGGCUGAGGGUCACAUCGUGACAUGUGAGACGAACACUGGUGAGGUGUAUCGAGGGAAGCUCAUUGAAGCGGAGGACAACAUGAACUGCCAGAUGUCCAACAUCACAGUCACAUACAGAGAUGGCCGAGUGGCACAGCUGGAGCAGGUGUACAUCCGUGGCAGCAAGAUCCGCUUUCUGAUUUUGCCUGACAUGCUGAAAAACGCACCCAUGUUAAAGAGCAUGAAAAAUAAAAACCAAGGCUCAGGGGCCGGUCGGGGAAAGGCUGCUAUUCUGAAGGCCCAAGUGGCCGCAAGAGGGAGAGGACGUGGAAUGGGACGUGGCAACAUCUUCCAGAAACGAAGAUAAAUUUAUCUUGGACAGAACUUUGCCCUUAUUUUUUUCUUUUAGGUUAUCUGGGUCAGGGGGUGCGUGCGUAUGUAUAUGUCCUAGGUUAUCUUCUGACAUCUUUUUCUUUAGAUCUGGGUAAAUGUUAAACUAAAUAAUUGUGGUGGGUUUUUCUUUUUUUGAGAAUAUAAGGACUGUAUGUUCA